AUGAUCGGGGAAGUAAAGCCGAGGGCGACAGGCACUGAGCUAUGCUCUGGAGAAGAUCCCCGCGCUUUUGAUGUCAGAUUUCGGCUGCUGGUCCGUGGCAUCUCUGGCAACACCGUGCUGGACAAGGAAGGCUGCAAUCCAGAAGCACUGGUACAGGACAUCAUGCGUGAAGUUGUGGUGAGCUUGGAGAGGCCGACAAUUAUCCAGCUGUGUUUGGGAUCCUUGGUGUUGAGGGCAGCUUCACGGAUCGGUGACUACAAAAGAAGGCAGUGCUUGGAGCUCCUGUGCAUCAAGCUCCCAGGUCAGGGUUUGAAGAGGGCACCGAUGAAUUCUGGCUUUGACUUCGACACACUCUGGGUCUUGCUGGGGGAUCCAGCCGUUGGCAAAUCUUGCUUGCGGCUGCAGUUCACAGACAGGUUGCAAGAAUGGCCCUGCCCUACCAUGGGGUUCCAGGAAACAUCUCGGAUUGUCUGCAUCGGUGGUGCAAUGGUCAGAAUGCAGAUCGUGGAAGUAGGUGGGUACAGGCAAUCUCUUGGGCCGCUGGGCGGCUACGAUGGUGCCUUCCUGGUUUACGAUGUCACGCAGCGCCACACGUUCGACCAUGUAGGGUCGAAGUUCUUUCCAGCCACUGCCACUGAGAGCAUGAAGGCACGGUGCCUCAUUGGAAAUAAAGCAGACAAGGAUCGUGAAAGACAGGUUUCUUAUGAAGAUGGACAACAACUGGCCAACGAGCUGGGACUCCUCUUUAUGGAGACAUCCUUAAGUGCUGUCGCCAUGGUCGACGAGGCUUUCUUCAGUGCUUGUGAGGCAUCCCAGGUGCACGUUGAGAGGCCAGUCGCGAAGACAGGUGCGCCGCCACCUGCGCCAAGCCAGGACAUCAUCAGCUUCCUAGAGCAGGCUGUCCAAGCCGGUGCAGCAGCACCGCAGGCCCCGCCGGCCUCCAAGGCUCCGCCGCCGCGCGGCGAAGCCUCAGCGGCACCCUGGCGGGUUAGCGCGCCGUGGAACAAGCCGCCGGCCAAAGAGACGGGCGCCACCAAGCCAACGACAUUUUGCAAGGCAUCCCCGAAGGGGCCGUCCAAUGGUGCUACAAAUGAGGAUCUUGCGCAGGCGUUGUCAAACCACCUGCAAAACCCCUCCGGGACUCCCAGCGUAGAGCUGAUGCAGGCCCUCGCGAGAGCUGCCAACAUCCAAGAGAAGGGCGCGGCAGCGAAGGCGGAGGGCAAGGGCGAGCCGGCCCAAAAAGAAGCGCAAGGUGGUGCUGAGCCGGGCGAAGACAGCCUUGCAGGCAUCCAGGAGCCCGAGGUGUUGGAGGCACUUCCGAGCCGCCGGCCAUCUGCAUUGCACAGACUGGCGAAGGAGGCCUUACAUGCUGCGCGAGGUGCGGGUGGCGGCGAGGCCGCCGCACUGGCAGUGGAGCACAUGGUCAAGAAGCUACAAGAAGUGGCUGACGAGGAGCCCUCGGCCCCGGCGGAUGGAGGUGGCGAAGAGAUGACAAUCCAGCCACUUCCAAUACCUUUGCGUGCGUUUGUGGGGCCAGAUGCCAAUACCUAUCAAUACGACUUCGCAGCAGCCAGCGACGAUGUCGAUGCCUGUUUCAGGAACAUCAGGCGGCGGCUGGAAGUGGAAAUGGGCGAUGGGUGCGUGGCAUGGGCCUUGAAGUACACAUACGUCAGGCCGAUAAGGUUUCAGUUUCAGCAUUAUUCCUCGGCCAAACCCACCGGCAACGCCCAGUCUACCCUUCGACGGAAUAGGCCCUUGAAUUGCAUAGUCUUACCACAUCGUAUGCAGGCGUGCAGUGCAUGA